UAGGCGGGUGGAGACUAACUGGCACCUCUUCAGGUCAGUGCAGCCACGCUCAGUUCCGUUUAACUGAGCUCCCAGGCCCGUUGCUACCCCCCAGCUCAUCGCGGCGUGCGACUAACAAUCUCAGAGCUCCCAGCCAAAACCCUAACACCAAGCAAAAAAGUCCAAAACCACAACCGGACAUCACCUUGCGCAUAGACUGAAACCCCUACAAGGGCAUUGCGAGUAACACACAUGGCCGACUGAGCGGAGCAUGUCCCAGGCGAUCGAAUCACGGAUCCUCGAGUAUAAUGUUUUGUUCACACACGAUGUAAGGAAGAAACUCAAGAAAUGGAUCGAUGGAAAGCUGAGGCAUUAUAAGCUCAACGAUAAAGUACAAGUGUUGUCAGAGGAUGGCAUCGUCGUUACAGAACAGUUCAUGUUGAAGGCAGACUUCUCAGAUCAAAGCAAAUGGGAUGAUUUCAUCAAAGUUGGGGGUGUCCUGGUUCAGAUAGAUUCCAUUUUGUGUGAAUUCAAGAGGAACGUCGUGCCUUCAAAGAAUAUUGAUCAAAAUGGGAACAGCGUUGGUGUGUUGAAGAUCACAAAGGCUGAAGCGCUCAACGUUGCACGAGGCAAGUCACAAUCACAUAAUUCUCCUGUGAGCAUGUCCGAUAUGGCUAGUGAUUCACAAACACUGACACCGACACUAGCUGCAUCAAGAGUGCGAAGAAGAGUUGGCCUGAGUAGGCUCCAUACUCCAUCGAAGAGACGUACCGGUAUCAAACCAACACAGAUCACGUCUCUCAGUCAAAUCUCCCCUAGGGGAAGUGAUACCCACUCAAUAAUAGGAAGUGGUAAAUCCAAACCAUCUUCUGGUACAACCGCUCCAAGACUUCAAGAUCAGGCCAAGUCCACCAACUCUAGUCACAGUUCUGUAUUGAGUGUUGGUGAUAUGGUUCCGUCACCUGCAACACUGUUGAACCAGCACCAUCAAGCCACUCCAACAGCUGAGGCAGUCUCGAAACAGGUGACUCGCAAGAACGAAGAGAUGGCGAUGAGAAGUCUGAAGGGCAUUCCGCACGCUACCGGUACGGCAAUGAUUGCCAAUAGAAGCCGUGAUAAUUUGAGGAUUGCGCCUACAUCUGAUCGAUGGGCUGAAAUAGAGUACGAUUUAGGAGAACCCGGUUAUACAGAUUGUCCUGAUUCUACUCAAACAUCCAAGAUUUCUUGGGGGACCCAGGAUCCGGAUCCAAGUGUGUUUGCUUCUGAACUUCUGAAGCUUCAUAAGGCAUCUGCGGCAUGUGACUGUGAGAACGCACAAUCAGAGGAAAGUGGGGGGUUAUCCAACAGCAGCAGCAACAACAACAACAACAACAACAACAAUAACAAACAAGGCUGUACCCAAAAGCAUCAAGAGUUAUUGCCACGUCGUCAUGUGCCGAAGCCAAGAGUGGGUAGAAGAGGACGUCCAGAGACUGUAAAGAUUUCUCCUAUUCCUUCCAAGUCCAACAUGAAGUAAACAAACAGCACCACCUUAAGUACACAGAAUGAUGGCUGCGAAUAAACAGCCACAACAAAAGUCUGUGGUUCUUCCUCGCGAGAAGCGGGAUAUGAGAGCUCACUUACUUUGAUUGAACUAGAGCCUCAC